AUGAACGAUAUUGAUUUUGGAGCCUUAAGCCAGCAGCUUGCAACUACAGCUGGUAUAAUGCAUCAUCAGACAAAGCUAGACGUUUUCAUUAUAAGGGCUUAUAAGUUACUAUCGAACGGUGCUAUUAUCCAUAGUAACGGAGCUUUACAAAGUGUUUCGAGUUCACCACAGGGAUCAACAAAGACACCAGAUGGGACUCCCAAUAGCACAGGUGGCGGUUUAACUACAAGUGCUCAAUAUUUGCAAAUUUUUUCCAAAAUCUCUAAACUAUACAAUGCAACAAUUUCAUCGGGUUCCAUUGACGAUAGAUCUACAUCGCCUAAAUCACCCAUUGAGUUAUAUCAGCGAUUUCAACAAAUCAUCAAGGAAUUGGAAUUGAGCUACGAUGUUUCACCUUAUAGUAAAUAUAUUCAAAAAUUAGAUCAGGGCAUUUGGCAAGUUAGAGACGAUACAGAACUAAAAGGUGAUAAACUUUGGGAAUUGGCUUCCAUGAGUAUAGGCUCUAUUUAUGAUCCAAGAUCGGGUCAAAUGCUAUCACAAACUCGCAGGAAGACAAGUUCGAUGGCAAAUUCAUUAGCUGCAUCUACCAAGGCUUCGCCUACAGAAGUUCGCACGGCUCAACGUAAUCCAACUGUUAAUAGUAUGGCUACAGAUGCAUCACUGCCGCAACAAUUACAACGAAAAUUACAAAACUUAUCACAAGAUGUUAACUCUCGUUCUUUGAACGGCUAUUACACACAACCGACCAGUCCAGGACACGGUGGAUUCAAUUUUGGUCUGGGUGACGGUGACACUUUUUACAAUUCCUUCACUGGUGCAGGUGGUGCAGGCAGUAAUGGUGCCAACGGAGUUAGUGCAGGUACCUCUUGGAAAAGAAGAUCCUUAGGUUCAUUAGGUGCCGAUGCACUCGACGAUGAGGCCGUAGAAGAACUUUUACAAUUAACCAACACUUCCAAAAGACAGAGAACAGCAACACCAGUCUAUGGAAGUGGCCCGGAGUCUAGUGUAUCGCAACCGGCAAAUGCUACAGCAGCAGCAGCAGCAGCGAUGAGUACUACACAAUCACAGAACGAACUUAACGGAUUUGGUCCUGCUGCCACUGCUGCCGCUAACGGGGCCGCAGGACCAACGACAACAGGCACUACGGAUCCAGCUUCAACAGACACAGUUACUACCAACAGUUCUUUAGUCAAUGGUGAAGCUGUAGUACGACAGUUGAAAAAUACUUAUGAGAAUUUGGUCUCAGAAAAGGACCAAAGAAUAGUCCAAUUGGAACGAGAAAUAGAAUUACAAAGACAAGAAACUCAAUGGCUGCGCAAGAUGCUCAUUGAAGAUAUGGGGUGCGUACGAAGCCUCUUAAAAGAUUUAAGGAACUAA